AUGGCGACGCCAUUCCAGGUAGAGGCUUGGACCGAGUAUGCUAUCGGAUUACUCGUGCUUCUGAUUCGAAUAAUAUACCGGUCGAGUAUUGUCGGAACCAACUGGGAAGGGGAUGACUACUUCGCCCUCCUUGCAGUGUUCUUUUGGACAGCGGAGCUUGUUAUGCUGGAGUUGAUCGGACAGUAUGGCAGCAUCACGGGCAUGAACGAUGAAAUCGCACUUACUCUCUCCGACAAUCAAAUCAAAAGAAUCGUCAUUGGGUCCAAGUGCCUGCUGGCAGGAUGGAUCAUAUACGUUACUCUUAUCUGGUGUCUAAAGGCAUGCAUGCUUUUCUUAUACCGGAGACUCACGCUUAAUCUUCAACAGAAGAAGAUGGUGUUAAUCACUGCUUGCACAUGUGCUGUGUUAUACGUCGCCACCAUCAUCGUGAUCCUGACGCGAUGCAUGCCGUUUCAUGCAAACUGGCAGGUGUAUCCAUACCCAGGCGACGCGUGCGCACUCAACAUUCCAAAUUAUAUUGCGCUUGCCAUCACGAACGUCACAACUGAUCUGAUGAUUUUAUAUAUCCCACUCCCUUUGCUAUGGUCUGUCCAAAUGCCUCUAGUUCGCAAAAUAAUCUGCUCCUUUUGGCUCUGCACGGGUGUAUUUAUCAUCGUAGCCACUCUCCUCAGAUGCAUUCUCUGCCUGCAGGAUGCGCAGUCCAUUAACCUAGGAACAAUCUGGUCCAUCCGAGAAACAUUCGUGGGUAUCCUCGCUGUCAACGCCCCGGUCCUAGGCCCCUGGAUCGCCAAAAAUGCGUCAGCUGUGCGUUCCCGCACCUCCAAAAACCGCUCCAAGACCGGCGGACAGGAGUCAGCGAAUCAUAUUGUUACAAUUGGUGCAAAAGAAAGCACCCAUCGUCUUGAUCGCUUGACGAAAGACGGCCGCGUACGCAAGGGGGUGGGGUGGACUGAAAUUGAUAAUGACAGCGAAGAGCGUAUCAUGAAGACGCAAAACGAUGUCGCCGUCUCAGCCAAGCGCUCAGACGAGGAGUUGAGCCAACACGCUCAUGCUGACGGCAUUCACGUCAAAACCACCUUCCAGAUAUCCAGAUAA